AACAAAGCACAUUUUCCCCUUAGUUUUCGCCAUUUUUCUUUUAUAAUUCUUUCUACCUCUUCAUUAUAUUUUCUACUACUAAAAACUCUUUUUUGCUGCAUCCAAUGUUCGCCACCACAAAGAUGUUAGAUUGUUGUUAUGUUGCUGCUUUUCUUUUGGUUCUUUCGUCAUCCAUUCCAGUAUUAAACGCAAGUGCUGGAGAUGCUGAUCAGAAUUAUAGGAGUUGUGUGACAGAAUGUGGGGAGACAGGGUGUGUAGGAGGAAAAUGCUUUCCAGAGUGUACAAUUUCUUUAAACGGAGUCCCUCUUAAUCAUUCAAGAAACUUGAUAGAAAAGCUUAUUGUGCAAUGGAAAAAAGGGAGUUGCAAAAACAAUUGUCAGUACCAUUGCAUGAUUGAUAGAGAGGAGAAAAGAGCAUUACUUGAUCAUCAUGAUCCUAUAAAAUAUAAUGGCAAAUGGCCUUACAAGUGUAUAUAUGGGAUUCAGGAGCCUGCAUCUGUGGCUUUACUUGCUCUCAAUCUUGCAAUGCAUUUUCAUGGUUGGGUAUCAUUCAUCUCACUUCUAAAGAAUAAGUUGCCUCUAAAAGUUGGCAAGAAAGCACAUUAUGGGUAUGCUGGUUUGUGGCAUGUCUAUGGAUUCUUAUCGGUGAAUGCCUUCUUUUGGUGUGCCGUUCGUCACAGUCGAGAUAUGGAGUUAACAGAAAAGUUGGACCACUCAUCUACUGUGGCUCUUGUGGGAUUCUCCCUUAUUUUGGCCAUAUUAAGAACCUUAAAUAUAAGCAAUGAGGCUAAUAGAGUUAUGAUUUCUGCUCCAUUGACAUCUUUUGUGACCACUCACAUAUUGUACAACUGUUUUAUGCUAGACUUUGGAUGGAAUAAGACUAUUUGUCAAGUAUUGAUUGUAAUGCAGCUUACAGUCUGGACAAUUUGGGGUGUUAUCAAUCAACAUCCGUCGCGAUGGAAGGUCUUGUUAGUUAUUUUCGGCAGCAUUGUUUCACUGCUCUUGCAAGCAUUCGAUUUUCCACCGUAUCAAGGACUUAUAGAUGCUCAUGCUCUGUCGUUGGCCUCCACUGUUCCUUUCGCUUACCUUUGGUGGAGUUUUGUUAGGGAUGAUGCUGAGUUUCUAGCCUCUAAACGUGCAAAGAGGUCCAAGAUGAAAUCGAAGUAA